AUGACAUUGGACCAGCUCGGAUUCCAGAAGAUAUUGUGUCUCUGCGAAGACCCCGAUUUCCCUUUCCAAUAUCUACAACGGAAACAUCUCGUAGAUGAACGCGAUAAUUCAAUCCUGUAUUACAUCAUUGACAGACGCUGGUAUUUUGAUUCGGCCAUCAAAAACAUGUGCCGAAUCAUCGGAGACUGGGGUAAGCCAGGUGGUGAUUUUAUGCGUACCCCUCUGUUUAGAGCGCCGACACACCAUGAACUAUGUCAGACGUUCCUUGAAGCAGGUGCCAGAGUAAACGUUUGGGAAACGACAGGUGGAACAAAGUCGUUGCUGUCGGAGUAUACGAGUGAUUUAGGGGAGGAGGUAGCGCGAAGGCUCUAUACGGGUCAACCACACGAACUUAGCAUAAGAGAUACAGUCUUGUCGCCGCUGCAUCUUGCUAGUUUGAUAGGCGAAGAGAAAAUAGUCCGGCUUCUUUUACGCCAUGGCGUAGAUCCGAAUAUGUAUGCAGGAGCGUUGGGAACACCAUUGCACUAUACCUUGAAUGAGAAUGUUGUCGAGCUACUUAUUGCAUAUGGAGCAGAUGUCAACGUCAGAAAUGAAUUGGGAUACACGCCAUUGUACAAUGCUAUCUCAAGAUGCGAUAUAUUUGUGCCUACGACAUUGGCUCAAGCCGGUGCCGAUGUCGACCUGUUAUACGAUGUUGAUAUGACACUGCUCGACAUAGCAAUCGAACGCAAUUUCGCCGACAUUAUAGUCACGUUGGCCGAGGCCAGAUGUGAUCUUAAUGGCCAUCCAGGUGGUAUCCCUCCUCUACACCGAGCUGCUGCAAACGCCAAUGACGAAAUAAUCGAGUUACUGAUCUCCGAGGGAGCGGAAACAGCGAUACGGCACGAGGGACGAACAGUGUUGCACGUGGCGGACAAUGAGUUAACGGUCAGUAGACUCAUUGCAUACGGAGCGGAUAUCAACGCGAAAGAUGAGACUGGGUCGACACCCUUGACGUUGGCUGCAGAAAAGCAUCAUCUUCAGCUGAUGGACGUCUAUCUUAUGGCCGAAGCUGAGGUGUCUCUCACGCAUCUCCGUGAGAACAAUAUAUUGGAAUGGAUAGUGCACGAUGGUCUAUACCAUGUACUAAGGUUGUUGGUUUCUCGAUGUGAUCUCAGACAAGCAAUGAAUGAAGAUGAAAAUCUCCUACGCACAGCUAUUGCCCGUCAUCACGAAGCAAUAGCCAACUUGCUGAUAAGGGAGUUUCCUGACCUUGUCGUAAAAUAUGGGUAUAACGGCUACGAAAAUUUGGAAGCCGCGGCAUUGUUCUCGUCAUUAGACCUGCAGAAAAAGGUUGAAGCCGAGAGGAAAGAUCUUUGGGAUAUUGUGCUUUUUUUAUUAUCCAACACUGAUCGAGAGGACAGUAUGAGGAUGCUUAUGAAUGCCCUCAUUCAGCUAGCAAGGCUGGGGCACCAUGUCAAUUUUCCACUUAUGGUUUUGGCUGCUGGAAGUGAUGAAAAUUUGGAUAAGCUCGAAGACGCUAUCACGAUGCACUCCACGAGGUGGAUGAGUGAUAGCGAGCUUUUUGUGAAGCCUACUUAUGAACACAUUGAGACAAACUGCUCGAUGCUGCAGAUAUUUCUUGAUAACGGUGCGGAUGUGUCUGAGGCUGCUUGGGAAGAGAUGGCUCUUGACGAGUUCCACACGAAUAUGGCUGAGGUUCCACGUCUCAACCUCCUAGAACUGGAGUCAGAGGGCAUGGUGUCCGUCUACUUGAAUGGAAAAUUCGCCUGGCAGCUCCCAAAGAAACUUCUAUCUCUACGCGUCCCCAAAGCUGUCGAAGAGAAGAAUGUCAAUGGCGAAGGCAGCAUCCACUCGGGUACCUACCGCUGGGAGAUCGAAAACUUCUCUCAAGACGCGUUUCGCCUCUUUGCUGAAUGGCUCUACAAUCCUCGCGGUCAACUCAAAGAGCCAACUGCAGACACGUCUAUCAAGCCUUACCUUGAACUUGCUACCUUCGCGAAUCGCUAUGAAAUCGAGACUCUCAUUCCAGUAGUCAACGGUAUUGUGCAACAGAGCUUCCAAAACCCCGAAACUAUGGCUGGUAUGGGAGAGUCAUACGAUGCUCUUGAGGCCAAGUCCCCCGACCGUGCUAGCAUCAGCGCACGUUUUGCUGCACUGGUUGUUGGCAAGCAGAUGGACAUUCCCACCUUGAAGCCGCUCCUGAAGUCCGCUGACCUUGCUCGGGACAUGUUGUUAUGGGUCACCCUCUAUCACCAACAGGGUUAUAGCAAUCAGGACGUCGACGAAAUCAUGCAGUGGAUGGGUCAGAACUGCCAGCUUUGGAUGGAAACCCUCGAGCAAGAGGUUAAUAAGUCCUCUUGA